UCUCUCAGAGCACACACUGCCUCCCCUUGUAUGAUGUCUCCUCUCAUUGCCCGCCUGCUGCUGCUUGUCUGCUUGGCUUUACCUCUCUAUGGCGUGGAAAAGGUGAGAAAUAGAGGAUACCGAAAGGAUCCUGAUGCUGACAAGUGCGCUGAAAAUGAUGCAGAAAAGCCCAACUGCACUAGACACUCUGGAGAAGAAAGAUCUGCUAAUUUGAACAAAAUGUUUGGCAGUUGCAUGCAGGGUCCAGCAGGCACCUCUGGCAGAGAGGGUAACCCUGGUGCCAACGGCAUCCCGGGAACGCCGGGUAUUCCAGGUCGCGACGGGCCGAAAGGCGAGAAAGGCGAGUGCAUCAACGAGAUCUUUGAAGAGCCCUGGAGGCCCAACUACAAGCAGUGUGCCUGGAAUUCUCUCAAUUAUGGGAUUGACCUGGGUAAAGUAGCUGACUGUACGUUCACCAAGCUGCGUACAGACAGCGCCCUCAGAGUCCUCUUCAGCGGUUCCCUCAGACUCAAGUGUAAGAAUGCAUGCUGCCAGAGGUGGUACUUCACCUUCAAUGGAGCAGAGUGCGCAGGACCCUUGCCCAUAGAGUCCAUCAUCUACUUAGACCAAGGAAGUCCUGAGCUCAACUCAACCAUCAACAUCCACAGAACAUCCUCAGUUGAAGGGUUGUGCGAGGGUGUCAAAGGAGGGCUGGUGGAUGUGGCCGUGUGGGUGGGGACCUGCGACGACUAUCCCAGAGGUGACGCGUCUACAGGGUGGAAUUCAGUAUCCAGGGUUAUCAUUGAGGAGCUGCCCAAAUAAAUGAAAAAGUUACAUGUAAGGGAGGCACCAGUCCUGGUACUGUGACAGUAUGUUAUCUGGCCCUCCAAAACUAUCAGGUAUGGUUUGCUGAGGCGCCACAGCAUCAAUGAUGGUAACUUGAAUGUUUUUUUUUAUUUUCUUAAAAUACCAUACUAGAUGACAGGCCCAUAAAAACGAAUACUGUGUCAUUCUGUCUACCAGAAAUAAACUUUGUACUGUAGCUUUUCAGCUUAUGGGUGCUGUUGUUAAGCGUUCAACGGUCAUUGACAAUAUUUAAACUAUGUACUUAUGUGACAUGUUUAUAUUCAUGUUAAUAAAGUGAUCUUUUUUAAAGAAUUAAA